CUUCUGCCAUGUGGCAUUCAGUAAACAUUGUACAGAAGAAGACAGACCUGGUGCUGGAGGAAAUGGGACAGGACGAGGACAAAGAGGUGAAGCAGAAGGAGGUUAGAGACGAGUCACAGAAGACAGAGGAUCUGACAGGAGAUGCAGCGGUGACCAAAGUGGAUCAGUGUAGUCCACCGAUGGACAUCAAGACGGAGGCUGGAGAUGAGGUUCUGGUUCACAUGGAGGACAGACUGCAGCAGGACCAUCUGCUGGAGGCGGCCCGCGCCGCUGAGGAGAUGGCCAGGAAGGCAGCGGAGGAGGCGGUCCGACAGCUAGAGGCGGAGCAUUCGGCUAAGAUCAUCAUAGAAACACUACCAGAGUCCAACGAGCAACUGCCCAACAUCCUUGAGGAGGAAAAUGAGGACGAUCCAGAGAGCCUGAUGGACGUCUCUCCGGCUGAUGCCACUCCUUCAUCAACACAUGUGGAGCCAGCAUCGGAGAGGAGAGACCUGGAUAGUCCGGACUCCCAAACCAUCACCCAACAACCGGAGUCAAAAGCUCCAAUAAUCACCAUCACAGAUCAGGCCAAUGCAGCAGAAGGUGGAUGUGGAGGGCGCUGUGGUGGCGGUGUGGGCGGAGCUCCAGAGCUGAGGGUGGAGGAUGUUUAUCGGGAUGUGUGGCACGGAAAAGGCCUGAACAUCCCUAAAAUUAUCACAACCCCAGAGCUCAGUGCUGCAGGUGAUCUGUCUGCCGAUGAGAAUGAUGACGAAAUGUCGAGAAUCGGUCUGAAGACCUGGUCCAGUCAGAGAGACCUGCUGACUGCAGAUGAUGAGAUGCGUCCUCUGUCAGCAGCCAGCGUCGGCAGUGUGGUGGUCCAAGACCGUCUGAGCGAGCUCGUCAGGCUGUUUAAAGGACGGACAGAGCAGCAAAAAGACCGGCUGGUAGACCCGGACGAGUCUGAGGAAGAAAGUCCUUCAGCAUUAAUAUUCAGGUAA